AUGUAUCCUCAUCGAUGGUAUCACCCACAGAGCCGUCAGCAGAGUAGAGACUCACAUUCCUUCACUCCACAGUCACUAGAACAGAUCCUCGGGUGCUGCAGGGACACGGAGGAGGACAACACUGUCAGGUCAGGGACAGAGGACACGUCAGGGUUCAUGUCUCCGGUCCUGAGAGACGCUCUGCACAGUCACCAGUGUACCACCCGCAGUCUGCGUCUCAGCCCGUGGGAGAGCCGGAUCGUGGAGAGGCUCAUGACGCCGACGCUGUCCUUCCUGGCUCGCAGCCGCAGCGCCGCCACCCUCCUCAACACCAGCGACUCCCACUCUCACCACUGCUCCCGUUCAGCCUCUGCCAACCCGCUGAACGCCAGCUCCCAUCACCACCAGCACCAGAACUCCGCCGAGCGCUGGAGGGUCUCGUCCGCCAGCACGCCGGACAUCACGCUGCGCCAACGCCGACGGAACUCCACACCGCUGGACAAGAAGAAGAAGGAGAAGAAAGACAAAGAGAGGGAGAACUCGCUCACAAAAGACAAAGUGCAGAAGAAGAGACAGACGACGUCUCCUGCCGCCACGACCACGAGAUCCAGGCCGGAGACCAGCACCCAGAAGCUGAAAAACAGACCCCCGUCGCCGGCCGCCCCCAAAAGUCGGCCCCUGUCGCCUCUAGUGCCAGCAGCAGCAUCGGCCUCCAAGACUCCCACGGGUAAGAAGACACCUACUGGCACCAAGACCCGACCCAAACGGGCCCAGACGCCCGCCAGGGUCCAGCCGCAGGCGGUCACAGCGGUCGCGGUGGAAACCGGCCACGAGCCCCAGCAGCCCGACUCCGCCGAGGAGAAAAAAGAUUCCAGUGACGCUCCUGCCAUCGUGGUGUCCUCAGCUCGGCUUUCACCUACUUCCCUCAGCCCACCGGCGGCUUCCCCUGCUGCAGUGCCAAGUGUAGAGCCGUCUGCCUCAGCUGCGUCUCCUGCAGAAGCCUCCACCAGUAAUCCCACUCCCUCUGCUGCACCCACCGCCGCUGCCAGGACCCCCACCCCCACCUCCACCACAGCCACCGCCGCUGCCAGGACCCCCACCCCCACCGCAGCUGCCCCGGCCAACAAGCCGUCAGCUGGCACCAACAACCAGGAGGAGGCCGCUCGGGCCCUGGCAGAGAAACGCCGACAAGCCCGAGAGCAGCGGGAGAGGGAGGAGCAGGAGCGUCUGGAGCAGGAGCAGAAGAACAGGAUCCUGCGGGAGGAGGCGAUGGCCCGGGAGGUGGAGGAGCGGAAGCGCAGGGAGGAGGAGGCUCAGUUCAUGGCCGAGCAGCAGCGUCUGAGAGACGCUCAGGAGGAGAAGGAGGAGCAGGAGAAAGCUAAAGCCGAGCAGGAGGAGAACGAGAGGGCGCAGAAACAGAGGGAAGAGGCCGAGUCGAAGGCCCGUGAGGAAACCGAGCGUCAGCGCAUCGAGCGGGAGAAACACUUCCACAAAGAAGAGCAGGAGCGACUGGAGAGGAAGAAGCGCCUUGAGGAGAUCAUGAAGAGGACUCGGAAGAGUGACGCAGGAGAGAAGAAAGACGUCAAAGCUUCUCCACAGGUCAACGGCAAAGACACAGAGCUCAACAAAGCUCCUGGAAACCUGCAGAGCCCCAGUGGAGUUGUGAAUGGCAUCCAGGCAACCACUCACCAAAAUGGCGUCUCGGCCAACGGGGAGCAGGCGGACUUCAAGGAGAUCAUCAAGCUGAAGAACGGCAGUAACCCCGGUCCACAGCAGAGCGGGCUGGUGGGCGAGCCCAUCCUGGCCUUCGAAGGAGGAGAGCCCUUCCUGAUGAAGACGAGCCCGAUGAAGCCUCAACAUGUUGCAGAGGUCCUGUGAGUCCACGCACAUCCAAUGGAGACGCGCCUUAUGUCUCCGCUUGAGCUACGAGAUUUCAUGCCUCACCACAGCGGCUUACAAACUGAGUGUGCCAAACAAACUGCGCUGAGUCCACAUCGAUGGUGUCUGCCGCAGAGGAUAACGAGGAGGAGAUGAACUCUGCCCUGGAAGAAGAAAGUACUCAUCCGAAAUAUAUAUAUAAAUAUAUAUAUAUAAAUUAAAAAAAUCUACAACAAGUAUUCUCUGUCUUCACCGCGUGUUCUGGUGCAGCAUUAGUCAGGUUUUAUUGAAACGUCACAAGCAGAUUUUACAGUGCACCUUAAAGAUGACUGACUGUGCAACAGAUUUGAGAAAAUACAGCGUCAGACCCUGGAAAUACAUACUAUUCAACAGUGGCUGUUAUUAUUACUGUCGUUCUGAUAUUGUUGUUGUUAUAUCUUACGUUGAACAAUGUGUGCGUGAGUGUGUUUGUUGUUUUUGUCUUGAAUUUCUGAGUUAUUUAACAUGGGGAGCAUCGUAAGGACUGGCCACAGACAGUGGAUGUAAAUGUGUAAUGAGCCCGGCUGCCUCGGCCUCCUGCUGCAGGAGAUCUGUGAAAUAAAGCUUUAUGAAAGGGA